AUGCUUGUCUUACUUCUAUAUCUGGGGUGCUUGGUGGUCGCUUCAGCACUAGCAGCCCGCCAAAACACUGUCGACUGUUCGGAUCCAUCGUCAGGAGAAUUUUUCUUAGGCAAUCAGACCUCCUCGGUACAGAUAGUGGUAGCCAGCGAGGAAUGGCCGGCCGUGUUGAGAACUGCAGGCGACCUCGCCCUGGACUUUGGUCGUGUGACUGGAGUCAAUGGCACAGUCACCCUAUAUCGAAACCAAACGUCUCAUGACGCAUCGAUGAUCUUCAAUGUCACCGGCAUUACCAGCUUCAGUUUUCCGAAAUCACAAAACAGAUCGACCGGUGGUGUCAUUAUCAUAGGAACAAUCGGCGAAUCAAGCAUUAUUGAUCCGAUGAUCAGUGGUGGAAAGCUGGACGUUGACUCGAUCAUAGGACGAUGGGAAGCAUUCUCAUCACAACUAGUUCAGUCUCCAAUACCCGGUAUUGAAUCGGCUCUCGUGAUCGUUGGAAGCGAUCGGAGGGGCGCUAUAUACGGUCUCUACGAUGUUUCAGAGCAGAUUGAUGUUUCACCCUGGUACUUUUGGGCUGACGUGCCUCCCAAAAGCUGCCACACACGUGGCUUCUAUAUCAAUGACAACGCUCCUGCACUCUCAGGCUGGAUCACAGCCAAGUUUCCCGGAGCAGGAGAGCCGCCCAUCUACGGUGCAGAAUUUCACGCACUUGUCUUCGAGUUGGUCUUGAGAUUGCGAGGCAACUAUCUGUGGCCCGCAGGUGGAAACUGGACUCAGAUGUUCUUCGUCGACGACAAACGUAAUCAGCGCCUCGCCGACGAAUACGCUGUGGUCAUCGGGACAAGCCAUACCGAGCCCUUUCAGCGUGCCACGAAGGCGAAGCCUUACGAAAGCAUCAUCACGAUGGGCAUGCGCGGAAGUGGAGAUACCGCACUAUCUGCCUCCAUUGAUACUGGGCAAUUAGAGAAUAUUGUCGACACGCAGCGUCAAAUCUUGGCUGACGUUUAUGGUAGAAACCAAUCCUUAUCCAGUAUUCCGCAGCUGUGGUGUUUGUACAAGGAAGUACAAGGCUUCUACGAGGCUGGGAUGAAAGUUCCUGACGACGUCACCCUGCUCUGGUCUGACGAAAAUUGGGGCAAUAUUCGACGUUUGCCAAACGCAGAUGACCGCGACCGCCCGGGCGGUGCUGGCGUUUACUUUCAUUUCGAUUAUGAUGGCCUGCCUAGGAACUACAAGUGGCACAACACGAUCCAACAACAGAGGACUUGGGAGCAGAUGUCAAUGGCUUAUGCACGCAAUGCAAGAGGGAUUUGGAUCGUCAACGUGGGAGACAUAAAGCCAGUGGAGAUUCCACUCACCUUCUUCCUGGAAAUGGCCUACGACUACAGUGAGUGGACUGCACCCGACAGCGGUUCAACCUGGGAACGAAUGAAGUUUGAGCUUGUCGAACCAGACACAUACUCUGUGAUUAACUACAACGAAGCCGACAUCAUACUCCAAGAGUGGGCAGAACUUCCACAAUCGGCAUUAGCGAUCGAUUCCGGCCUGCCUAGUUCAUACCAUGCAGCCUUCUUCGAGCUGAUACUCCAUCCUAUCCUUGCUGGACAGGCUGUGCACGAAGUCAAUGUGAACUCAGCAAAAAAUCUCAUCUACGGAAUCCAGGGAAGAAAUACCGCAAAUAGCUACGCCAAGAAGGUGCUUCAUGGCUUCCAAGAAGAUCAUAACCUUACCGUAAAGUAUCAUUCACUCGUCAGUGGCAAGUGGAAUCAUAUGAUGGACCAAGCCCAUAUUGGCUACGUCCAAUGGAAUCAACCAAAACGACAGCUCUCUCCUCCAGUCAGGUAUGUUCAAAUGCUUGAAAGAUCAUAUGCUGGCGAUCUCGGAGUCACUACAGAGGGUACAAAUGCCAGCGUUCCAGGCGAUGAUCCAUACCUUGCACUAUUCUCGAACCAACUGACAAUCCUCCCGGCGGACCCGUAUAGACGAACAAGGUUUGUUGAUUUGUUUAACAUGGGGACUGACACCACCUUGUGGAGUAUUGUCGGGCCUUCAUACGUGAACUUUACAUUCGAAAACGGUGAUUCGGCUCACCAGGGCACCAUCUCUCCCGGUGAUACUGAUGUUCGAAUAUUUCUCAACGUCGACUGGGUCGCUGCCCCGAGUGGCUCAUCGAGUACAGUAAUCAACGUUACUUCCUCGACUGGUUAUGGCCAGCAACAAGGCCCUGCCAAUGGGUUAGGACCAUCCUUAGUUUUCCCAAUAAACAAUACAGUUGUACCUCCAUGGUUUCGAGGCUUCGUGGAGUCAGACGGUUAUGUCGCUAUGGAAGUGAGUCAUUAUUCCCGUGUUGUCGGCGAUGCCAGCAAUGGCUCAGAAUCCGCCUACACAAUCAUUCCAUGGUACGGGAGAACUUUAAGUGGUGUCGCAUUGCGCGAUCUUCUUGCGCCGUCAUACGUGAACGGAACUACCGCGCCCCUUCUCGAGUACGAUUUCUAUAGCUUCACCAACACAACCUCGACCAUGCCAACCAAUAUAACUAUGAUCUUAGGACAGGGUCUGAAUACAGACCCAACUCGGCCUUUGAAGUACGCUGUCGCUAUUGAUGGCUCACCCCGAAAAGUGGUGCAGUAUGUGAUCGACCAGGAUGGCGGUGCCCUUCCGGUAGGGUGGGAUCAAACUGUUUCCAACGCAGCAUGGGCCAGUGUGAGUAACACAACAAUCGCGCCCGGCAAGCAAACUCUUAUGGUGUGGCUACUCGAGCCUGGCAUAACCCUACAAAAAGUCAUUCUUGAUUUUGGUGGUGUUAGACAAAGCUACCUUGGACCACCAGAAAGUAAAAGAGUAUAG